UAUUUUUAAUUAGGGUAGUUUUUUUUUUUUACGCGCGGAGACAAAUAGGUAAAAAACGCUAAAAAACGAGAUACAUCUAUUUUGUAGUACUAAUUUUGGUGUCAUUCGACUCAGCUCGGCGAGCUCUUUCAAAUGACACAUAAAUUGUUCAAAUCUAAAAAACGUUGGUUUACUGCAGUUUUUGUUAGCCAGAUCAGGAUCUAAAACAUGAAAAUGAGUCAUUCAGCAGUGAAAAUUAAAAAACUAGAUUUCCCAACUGAAUUAAUCUUUGAAAUAAUAACAUUUAUUCCUUUCCGUUACAAGUGGGAAAAUAUUCGAAUUUCGAAAUUAGUUGACAUUAUUGUUGUUAAGCUUCGAAAAAAAUAUAUAAUUAAUUUAAAAAUUAGUCUAAAAAUAUUGAAGGAUGAGAUCGAGGUCACAACUAGCAAUAUUAAUUUGUGCUUAAAAAAGUUGGCUUUCUUUGUUAAAGAUGGAUCACGUGCUGAAGAAUGCAUGCAAAUAUCAUGUCAAUUUGGGGGGAUUUUUCGUCAAAUUAAAACUUUUUCGGGAAAAUAUGCGUGUUUUGCUGGGAUUGAUGAGGAGUUCAAAAAUGAAGAUUGGCCUGCCCAACCAAUUGUUAAUCAUUUUACGGAUCGUGACAAUUGGAAGAAAGCAGGCAAGGAGAGACAUCAGAUGAUCAAGAAUAUGGUUAAGUUUUUGGACGACAAGCAUGUUACGCUUGAUAAUUUAUUUUAUACUCCAUUUCUGAAAGGUUCAAUUUUAAAUAAUAUUGGAAUGAAUGAACCUUUAGUUGAUGACCAAGACUUUCCACUUUCUGGAAUCGACAUUUAUGCGGUCACUUCUGCUAGAGGAAAUAUUAGACGCUUACAAAAUGAUCGAACAGAAAAAAUGGCAGAAAUUGACAGAAUUAUUGUUGCUAUACACAACCAAACUUCGCAAAAUGGAAAUUCGGAACAGAAUAAUGAGGGAGAGCCAAGUGUGCAUCGUACAAGUAAUAAACCUAUUGUGCAAGUGGAUAAAGUGUCGCCAAAUUCGCCAGCACAAAAAGCGGGUUUGCGUGAAGGCGAUUUAAUUAUUCAAUUUGGUAAUUUACAUGCUGAUGUGUUCAAUAAGUUGGAUCAAUUGAAGGAAGUUGUGAAUAAUUCGAAAAAUAAACCAAUCCGAAUAACUUUAUUGCGUGGGGUGAAGGUUUUUCGUUUAAUAUUAACUCCACAAGUUUGGGAUGGUAUUGGACUUGUUGGUUGUCAAUUUAUUGCUACAGAAAAUAAUUAAAAAAUUUAAUUUUAAAAAAUGUGCGUUUUAAAAACACAUAAAAAUGUCUAUUUUUUGCCUAUGAAAAAUAAAAUUUUUUAUUAAAAAAAUUUUUUUUCGUUUGGGUCUCAUUUCGGUCAAAUUUGAAAAUUCUAGAAUUUUAGUAAAAAUUUUCCUGUAGAAAUAUUUAGUUCUUGAUACUUUUGUGAAUCUUAGAUUUUUGCCCUUUUUGCCAUCGAUUUACCUCAAAAAUUCUUUCCCCCAUUCGCUUUUCGCCCCAUCAUAAAUAUACAGAGCGAUAACAUAAAACGGUUUUAUAGCCCCUCUCAUCUUUUAAGCAAAAUUGUGAAAUGUC